AGCGUCUCCACCCCCAGUGUGCGUCCAGACCGUCCUCCCCAGCAUGUUUGACGCGGGAGUGGGGAUCAUACAGAGCUGGUUCUGUGCCUGCUGGGACAGCUCCUGGGUGUUGUACACCUGCAUCCUUCUGGUCCUGGUCGUCUGGGUGGCCAUUGUGACUCAGCACAGCUUCUCCUGGAGAAGCAGGAUGGCUCUUCUGGUCAGCAGGCUCCGGUGGAGGGGGAUGGAGGACGAGGGAGAAGGUGCAAAGAAGCAGCGGGUGAAACAGCCGCGUGACCGUCUGUGCCGGGACCCCCCACACCACGCUCACCAAGCCGCCAGGCACCGCUCCAUCCGCCAGCUGCUCUGUGACAACUGAGACUGUGCCCUGUGCGACGAGGCGGCCUGGCAAGCCGAGCGGCUGGUAUACGCCGACAGGGCCAGCGCGCGGGUCCCUGCCAGGCCAAGGUCACCUCCUGCUCCCGCCUCCCGCUCCAAAGGGAGAAGCCUGCUGAUGCCAGCCACACCUCCACACCCCCGGCUCGGCCCCCUGCCGUCUGGGAGAUGGGCUCCAAGGGGGCCAGGCCCAGUGACGAGGGCAGCCCAGACGCCCGGCCUCAGAGCUAGAGCCCCAGCCCAGGCCUCCCAGGGCCCCGCCAGAGCGUCCAAAUCUGCGCCCGGCUUGCACUGCUGCAGAGACACCCGGGAGCUGCAGGGGCACAUUGCCAGGAAGGGCUUGGAAAUCAGACUAGGCGCGCUGCCCGCCGUGCUGAGGAACUCUCAGAAAAUGGCUGCCCUGGGGCGCAGAGACUUGCUCCUGCCUAAACUGAUCCCCCCAGGCUGCAAGGCCCCCCUGGCCCGCCACCGGCUCUGCCCCCUGCUCAGCUGCAAGGCGGGCCGCGUGGAGCUCAACGUGAGGCACAAGCACAUCCACUACCUCUCGGCUCUCCCCACCCUGUACGCGGAGUCCCUGGCCAAGAUGGUGCCCUGCCCGCCCGUGCCACCCGCCCCCCUGCUGCCCCUGGGUGUGGCCAUCGAGUUCUGCCCCCUGGAGACCCCCUCCAUGGCCCCCGAGGGCCGGGAGCUGCUGGAGAGACAUGUCCUGAGGAAGCGGCUGCAGCACGAAUGGGGCCUGCCGGGCCUGGUGCGGUGAUCGCUGAGGUGUUUCAUGCCACCCCCGCCCAUGCGCCCCAGGCCCAAGGGGAGCGACCGGCCGGCAGCCAUGGAGCUCCGUGUCAGCAGCGGGGCCCCUCCCAUCCCUCUGGCCACCAAGAGGGAGCUGGAAGCCCACAUCCGGCGGAGGGUGGCCGAGAGGAGGUGGGGUCUCCCCAGGAGGGUGCAGGAGUCCCUGCAGGGCUUCAUGCCCCCCAUGACCGCAGCUCCGGGGACACAUCCAGACACGCAAGGCAGAAGGGCCAGCCGGCCGCUCAGGGGGCUGUCAGUGAGAAGGGCUCCAAGAGAAUCACCCUCCAGGGCAGCACCCAUGGGCCCCACAGCGGUGGCUGUCUCCUUAGCCGGGCCCCUGGGAACUGCAUGGCGCCAGCAGCUCAGCUGGGACACGUGCCACCAGCUGCUGGAGAGACAUGUGACCAGGAAAAACAUAGAGAUCCGUCUGGGCCUGAUCCCCCGCAGGGCCCAGCACUCACAGGAAGCCGCCCGCCAGGUGGGAAAGCUCCCCUUGCCCCGGCUGAUUCGGCCGGGCCAGAGAUCCCUGGAGCUGCGGCCCCGGGAGCUGCUCUUCCUGGAGCAGGCGGCCUCGGAUCACCUGGAGCUCGACCUUCUCCACAAGCACCUGAGCUUCAGGUGGGGGCUGCCCACGCUCUACCGACAGUCCCUGGCCAAGCUGUUCCACGCAGGCCCCUCGCCCGCCCCGCCACCUGCCAGCUCCCGCGCAGCUGGGACCGAGUUCACGGAGCAGGAACUGCCCUUCCUCCCACCGGGAGCCCGGGAGGAGCUGGAGCUCCACGUGAGGAAGAAGAGGCUGCAGCAUGAGUGGGGGCUUCCUCUGAUCGUCCAGAAAUCCAUCCGGGGCCUGAUGGCGGCUGCCCCCUGCCCUGGCCAGACCAAGGCCCCUCCGUCGGCCGACAGGGACCAGACGAGAGCUGGAGCUCAGCCUCCGCAAGAGACUCAUGCACCGGCGCUGGGGGCUGCCCAGAGGAUCCAGGAGUCGGUGCGGCUGCUCCAGCCUGCCUCAGCCCCUGCGGAGUUCAGGCCUCGCAGCCGUACAGAAAAGGACACAGAGGGGCCUUUCCUGCUGCCCUGGCACAACAGCACCGUGCACCUGGAGCGGGGCAUGGGGAAAGCCAGGAGAGUGGUCGCUGCUCCCCACCCGCGGCUCAGCCUGGGACGUGACGCUCAGGAGCGGCUGCAGAUCCACGUGGCAAAGAAAUGUGUGGAGACCCGGCUGGGGGCCGUCCCCGCUGCAGUGAGACGCUCUUGGCAAAGGCUGCAUCUCGUGUCCCGGCUGCCCCUCCCCAAGCUGAUCCCUGCUGGGGACAGGGCCCCGAAAGCCAGGAGCCCCCUGCUACCCUUCGUGCACCCGGAGGACGUCUGCCACCUCGAGCUGAAUGUGCAGCACAAACAUCUCACGGCCCUGUGGGGCCUGGGCACUCUCUACACCCAGUCCCUCAGCAGGAUGGUCCCCAGGGCGCCCCCUGGGCCCGUUCCGCCCCGUGAGGCUGAAGUCGAGUUCUGGGCGCGGGAGGCUUUGUUCCUGAGCCCGGAGGCCAGAGAGGCCCUGGAGCUGCACGUCAGGCAGAAGAGGCUGCAGCACGAGUGGGGGCUGCCUCUCAUAGUCCAGAAAUCCAUCCGGGGCCUGAUGGUGGUUACCCCCCGCCCCGGCCAGCCCAAGGCCCCUCCGUCGGCCGACAGGGACGUGGCCGUUCUCCAGCCCGAGUUGUCCUUCCUCAGUGAGGGCAGCAGACGAGACCUGGAGCUCAGCCUCCACAAGAGACUCAUGCACCGGUGCUGGGGGCUUCCCAGGAGGAUCCAGGAAUCGGUGCGGCUGCUUCAACCUGCCUCAGCGCACGCGGAGCUUAGGCCCCGCGUACCCGCGGAAAGGGAUGCAGAGGGGCCUUUCCUGCUGCCCUGGCACAAGAGCACCGUGCACCUGGAGCGGGGCGUGGGGAAAGCCAGGAGAGUGGUCGCUGCUCCUCACCCGCGGCUCAGCCUGGGACGUGACACUCAGGAGCGGCUGCAGAUCCACGUGGCAAAGAAAUGUGUGGAGACCCGGCUGGGGGCCGUCCCCGCUGCAGUGAGACGCUCUUGGCAAAGGCUGCAUCUCGUGUCCCGGCUGCCCCUCCCCAAGCUGAUCCCUGCUGGGGACAGGGCCCCGAAAGCCAGGAGCCUCCUCCUGCCCUUCGUGCACCCGGAGGACGUCUGCCACCUCGAGCUGAAUGUGCAGCACAAACAUCUCACGGCCCUGUGGGGCCUGGACACUCUCUACACCCAGUCCCUCAGCAGGAUGGUCCCCAGGGCGCCCCCUGGGCACGUUCCGCCCCGUGAGGCUGAAGUCGAGUUCUGGGCGCGGGAGGCUCUGUUCCUGGGCCCGGAGGACAGAGAGGCCCUGGAGCUGCAUGUCAGGCAGAAGAGGCUGCAGCACGAAUGGGGCUUCCCCGCACUCAUCGAACGGUCGCUCAGAGCCUUUGUGCUGGAGCCCCCGCUGCCGGGGCCGACCGCAGCCCGCCAGAGCACUGAGCUGAACGUCCUCGUCCUGGGGCAGGAGCCUUCGCUCAUGGACGGGGACACGAGAGGCCGCCUGGAGCAUCACCUCCGGAAGAUGACGCUGCAGCGGAGGUGGGGCCUUCCCCGGAGGAUCCAGGAGUCCUUGCGGCUGUUUGCUGCUUUUGCCCCGCCGGCUGGCCCGCAGCUUCCUGGGGCCAGUGGAGAAAGGGGUGUUGGGCAAAGCCGGCUGGGGCCCAGACAGACAGACAUCCCCGCAGGGAGCCGCUUGGCAGGAGACAGCAGAACCCAUGGCCUUGCUGCUGAGCGGAGGGCCGCGCUCCAGCGGCACCUCGCGAGGAAGUGCCUAGAGAUCAGGCUGGGGGUGAGGCCGGCCCUGGUGAAGAGAUCCCAGAGAGUGGCCAGGGAGGGGGAGAGGAUCCGCCUCCCCAGGCUGAUCUGCGCAGGCCAGAAGCCACCCAAGCCCAGGGCCGGCUCCCUGCUCUGCCUGCCGCCCACGGCUGUGAAUACACUAGACAUGAAUGUGAGACACAAGCAGCUGGUGCAUUUCUGGGGGCUGCCCAUGCUGCAGGCGGCGUCUCUGCGGAGGAUGAUGCCGAAGGCUCCGGCUGUGCCGCUGGGGAGUGUAGCGGGGAGGGCCCGGAUGCAGAUGGGCCUGGCUGGAUGCAUGGGGGCUGAGGAGCCGGAGAGGAACGGCUACAACGAGCCGCCACUGGUCACGGGCCCGCCUCUGGUCACAGCCAAGGCCAGGGACCGUCUAGACAGACACAUCCUGAGAAAGAAGCUGCAGCAUGAGUGGGGCUUACCGCGGGUGGUGCUGAGAUCCCUGGGCGCGUUCACACCCCCACCACCUGGGAGGGGCCCCCUGAGGCAGGCCCAGGCCCCAGCCAGCGAGAGCAUCUCCACGGGCAGCCUGCUCUUCCUGCACACGGAAACCAGGAAGCGCCUGGAGACACACAUGAGGAAACUGGCCCUGGAGCGGAGAUGGGGCCUGCCCAAGAGGAUCCUGGAGUCCUUACGGGUGUUCCUGCCGCCUGCCCCACCAGGAGCAGAGCCCAGAGGCCAAAUCCAGCCCCUGCUUCAUGUCUUCCCUACACCCCUCCAAGGUCUUACAGCCCUCUCCACGGGGCAAUCGGAAGAGCUCCAGCCAGGCCCCAGGGAGCCCCUCACCCACCGGUCCCAGCACUGGCUUGAAAUGGGGGUGAAGGAGGGCAAAGCCAGCUGCCCUGAGGCAGUGUCCCAACAAACCCUGGGGAGCAGCAGCAGGAGAAGCCAAGAGAUCUCCCGGACGAGCAAUGGGGAAGGGCCCCCCAGCUCCCCACACCACUUCCCGGGGGACAAGGCAGAGCUGAAAUCCACCCUGGACUUUCCCAGGAAGAAGUUGCUGGGAAUUUCCCACAGGGCCCAGGAGUCCCAGAGACGGGCCUUGCGCCCGGCGGCCCAUGAGUCUUACCCACAGCAGAGAGAGCAGAGCUCUGAGGAAAGUCCUAGGCAGUGGAGGACCCACGAUGGUGAAGGAGCUCCGCGGAUGGCGGGGACCAGCAGGCGCUCCUGGAGCUCGUCUGUGGAGACAGCCAUUUGGAAUGAGAAGAGGAUCUUGCGGAAGCUGGAAUCCAGCUUCAGGAGAAUAGCCCGGAGCCGCAGCUGCCAUGGCCCAGGGGGGAAGCAGCCUUUGUCUCUGGAAAUCGUGGGCCACCUGGAAAUGGGCCAUUGCACAUGCUUGGACUACCCGUGCUGCAAGCUCGAGGUGUGGGAUGGCGCCCGCUGUCCGGGGGCCAGCUCUCCUGGGUGGCAGACACAGCGCAUCCAUGCAAGGGGGUCAGCAACUCUCCUAGGAGACGCGGCAGCUCCAAGCCCUCUGCAUGCUGAGCCCAGAUGGCAAGGGCAGGGCACUCCCAGCGUGGCAAAAUAUGAACCGCCUGCCUCCUCUGCGUUGUCUCUGGAGUGCAGCAAGUCCAGGGCCUCUGACUGGUCUGAGGGAGAAAGCUCUCGCGCAGCCUCUCGCCCAGCGCCCGAGGGGCCCACGCUGGCACGGGUGCAUCUUGUUUCUCCACGAGCCGCAGCACACCGGCUGGACAUCCACUUGGCGCAGAAGGCCCUGGGCUCCUUCAUCCUGCCACCCUGUGUCAUACGCUCCCAGGCCAUCUAUGCCAACAUGGCAGCUGAGCGGCUGAGAGCCGCUGCCCAAGAACACAGGCGGGAAAUGAACAUCUGGGUGCAGCGCAGGAGAGGCUGGAAAAGCCAGCUGGGAGGGCCCCGUCAGGAAGCCCUGGGAGAAAGAGCCCGCCCCGUGGGCACAGGAGAACCGGGAUUCCCGAGAGCUGGCUCCUUGGGCCAGAGACUGAUCAGAGAGUCCCAGAGCCAGGGAAACCAGUACCUAUGUGAGAUGUGCCACAGCCUCUUCACCGCCGGUGAGGAGGGACUCAGCCCCCCUCCUUGUCCUGCCAAGGGGGCUGGGAAGUCAGACGUGGUGAGGGCUCAGCUAGAGACUCACAUGCACCCGAGGGGCAGGAAGAUGUCAGAUGAUGCCUGCAGAGGGGAGCAAGGUGCAUCCUACCAGCGGUCUCAGGAUCUGGGCCAUGGAGCUGGCGCCCCCCUGUAUGAAGGUCCUGCUGGCGCUGAGGAUGAAGAGGAAGCAGGGGGCCAGACGUGGGCCCCACUAGUACAUCAUCCCCAGCCUGCAACCAGAGACAAUGCGGGAGACAAGGUUUCGUCCGCAGCCUCCAGCAGCCGGUGGCCAGCCAGCCCCUCGGAGCAGACAGAGGCCCUGGUGCUGACUGAGGCACCGCCUGGGGGUGAACAGCUGCCCCGUGCACCUCCAGGGAGAGGGGCUGAGUCACCGUCCGUCCCCUGCAAGGGGAAGAGCUCCACCUUCAGGGGAAUCAUGCUGGGCUUCCUCAAACACGUCACCUCCAGGGCAUCGGUGGAGAAGAGAGGGCAGGUCGACGGGUCAGUGGCUGCACCAUGCGGAGCCCCGCCGCCCCCUCAGAAACUCGCCCAUCCCCCAAGAACGUGACCUUCAACGCCAAUGUCCACGUGCGG